GAAUCGUUCAAAAUACCCAUGUGUGAACGCUGCGGCGACGGUUUCGAGAUGCGUCAAGAAGUUGUAAAAAACGAAUAUUGCCCGCACGUAUUCCAUCAAACCUGUAUUAAAGAUGCAACAGAACAACGGACCCCGGCUGGAAAUUUUAAAACGGUGACAAAUAAAUGUCCAAACAAAAAUUGUAACGCGCUCCUUGUACGCCAACGGUACAACUAUCUAUCCUUCCGUUUUGGUACACCAUCGUGUGUCUGUAUGAAUCAAUCGCAUCGAAUUAGUAUUGACAACCAGGGAGAAAUAAUCCGUCGACAAUCAGAACGCAUUAACCAUCUCCAAGAAUCUCUCGAAGAUGCUGAGGCCGUGUGUGUCGUACGUUUGAAUAGAAUCUCGGAUUUGGAACAACAAUUGUAUAAUAUCAGACGUGAAAAUGAAGUUAAUCAUCUCGACGAUAUCGAUGAAGAAUUAGUUCAAGAAAGCGGUGAAUACGUCGAAGAUACAAUUGAUGAUGAUAUUAAUGAAGUAGACAAUUGCGUAAAUACCGGUGAUAAUAACGAAGAUUCGCAAGAUACAGCACAAGCUGAAAACACAAGCCCGAUUGGACGUAACGACCUGAACGAACCGAUUGAUCGAUUAUCGUCGAUGUUCGCCGCGAAAGAAGGUAUUAUUAAUCAUUCUAUUGAUUCAAUUAACAAGUCAACUGAUUCAUCUAAUUCUAGCAUUCUUUCUUUAUUUGAAGCUGAAGAACGUGAGUUCCAACGACAACUAGACUUGCAAUUGGACGCCCAAGAUGGCUUAAUUGCCAAGGUUCCCGAUACGUUACCUCCGCUCGAAAAAAUAGGUGCAGCCGGACCAUCUAGCCAAUCAUUAAAUAAUGACCAAGUUUCGAUUUAUGGCUCAACAUCGUCGGUUAUCGUGUCGCCUAAGAUCUCCGAAGGAAAUAAAGAAAAUACUUCGAAAACGCCAAAAGUCAACCUCGAUGAUGUGAACAUGCUACCUGCUCAUCCGUCAACUGAACCGCCAGUAUUGGCAGAUGAUGCUGUACCAUCGACUUCACGAUUCCGCGACACUUUCCGUCCAAGCGGUCGCAACGUAUUGGGAAGCUUUUUCAACGCACAUAACGUGCUGGUCAACCACAUCGUGGCACCGUCUGCGAAUACUACACGAAUGUCUCGAGAUCCACGGACUCGUAAUGUAAUAACACCACGCAUAGCUACGAUCGCCGAAGCUCAAAGACCGUUAAUGGACGAUGAAGACGCUCCGAAUGAAGACUUCCGCAAUGAACGUGAAAUACGCAUUUACGACGGAGGAGUAAACGGCCAUUCAAUGCAAAGAGCGGUCUUUCCUAACCGCCGCAGUAAUAUUAUGGCGAUUCUCGAAAGAGCGAACUACCAUUAUGGUCACCAAAUUCAACAUCAGCUGAGGCAAGAAUUUUCAUUUCAAACACAAGAGAUGUAUUCAUCGGUUUUUACGACUUGGUCUUCGAACGAUAACCAGCCAUCAACCCAUUGUUUCCUCAAUGGGUGGUGGGUGGUUGGUGAUGGCUUGGCACAUUCGUUGGCAAGAGAGCCAUUAAGAAGAAAUUCCGUUCUGAAGAAUCGGUGGGAUAGGUCAAGAUUUGCAGGGAGCUUCAUUAGCGCCAAAAGGCUGAUGCAUAAUAUUGACAACCACUUGACAAACGUGCCGCCAUACGUAAUUCUCUCUAUGGGAACCCACGAUAACACGCUUGAAAACGAAUUGGCUACUCGAUUGAACACCAACCUCGUCCUGAAAUGUUUACUUGACCACGGCGUACGGCGAAUUCUAAUUCUUCCGACCAUCGUAGCUCCUAGACGAGAAGACGCUCAGAGAUUGAUGGAAUAUCGCGAAUGGCAGAGAGGUAUCAUGCCUCAAAUGGAUACAGAAAGAAUUCACUACUUAGAAUUCAUCGAAGAAACUAUUGAUCGCGUAGAGCCCUAUCAUUGCGAUAUGGGUGGUAUCCUAUACGUUCAUCCGUUCGUGAUAUUCGACGUAAUCUACAGAAUUAGCCAUCUUCUCGCCUACAGACCGUGAUACAGACAUUUACGUAAAUAUUUAUUCUUUAAGGUGACACUUUCGUUUAUUUUUCUUAUUUGUUUGUUUGUCAAAUUGUGAAUUUGUUUUCGUUGAAUUUUUCCUAUUUUUAAGUUGUUUAUUUGACAAGAAUGCGGUAAUAAGCUGAACAUGGAUCGGUAUUUGUUCAAUUCUAAGCUCGCUGUUUUUCGAUCAACAUAAGUACCUAUGUUAGGACUUAUGUUUUGUACCAUUACGCAUUCAACGAGAUUAUUUCUAUUAUAAAAACUAAGCUAAUUUGUUCUACGAAGCAUUUAUUUAAGUGUAUUGCUUAUUAUGAUUAAUUUUUCUACGUUUUCUAUGAUAUAACAGGAAUUUUCGGAAGUGUUUUCUAUUUUUACGUGUUCGUGAAUUGUAUUUCCUUGUUUGAUUCUUUUUUCUUGUUAUAUUUCUUAUGCAUAAUCAUUUUUUCGAGUUCGUGUAUACGUUGUGUUCACUAGGAUGCUAGUAUUAAUAGGCUAUGAUUUUUUUUUAUUUUUUGAUAAUAAAUAUUCAAGAGCUGUAAGAAGUAUACGCUCUUCUGCAGAAA